GCAAUUUUGGGACAAUAGUAACAAGAUCCUUCAAUGAAGUAAAAAUUGUUAAGAACAUCAAAAGUGUAAACUCUACUUUGAAGAGGAUGAACAGAAUCCACUGCAUAGAUUCAUACUCCAUGACCCCUUCCCUAUACUUGAGCACAUCCUGCCUAAAACUGAAAGCUGAUAGGUACAGCAAUCAUAUUCCCCAAGAAGAACCGAUACAAACUUCUCAUAUUUUCCGCGGUCUCUUGAUUACUGAAGUAAACAUUUUGCAACCGUUACAUUUUCGGAAUAUCGAAUACCGUCUACUGACCCAGUAACCCCGCCACAACGCGUGAACUCUCGCCGCCAUUUGAUCGUAAUAAUUAUGCCACAUCUCAUGAACGCGUUCGAUCAGGUACAGACCAAAGGCGAUUCUGGUUUUAUGACUUCUCCAAUGGUGUUGAAUGAUGGUCGCGUUUUUGUGUAGCAGUCUGAAAUGGUUUCGGGUGAGGAUCCCACGCAUCCAAGCCCGUAGCGACCCAACAGAGUCCAGUUGGCUGAAUUCACGGUUGAAUACGCGUCACAACAAUUGCUGCGUGAAAUUCUUCCAAAUUUGCAUGUGAAAAUUUCGGGAUCAUAAAUUAGGUACUGCUCAAAAUUUUUAAAUUUUAAGCUCGUGUGCAUACAUACGUAGAAUUUUUCUUGUAUUACAAAUAUUUCAUAUGAAGUCCUACAGGUUCACUAUGAAGUCGAGUUAAAAAUUUGAAGCUAUAGCUACAGAUGCUCAUUAUGUAACUGAGAUUUCGACACCUAGGAUGUAACCUGAAAAAAGAGAAACGAAACCGCAGAUAAUACGAUGCUUACCAUUAGUGCGACCCCGAACAUUCGAUAUCUCUUCGAAUGAAAUACGUUACGAUACAAAUAUGUUGAUAUUUAUUCAGCAUACUCUGAUAACAACGACAAACUUGUAUAGUGGACUAUUGUUCGUGGGGUUAUCGUGGUUACUCUUCUGCCAAAUUCUUUGCAGACUGGAGCAAGUGUUAACCUGUACGCGAUGUAAUUUUCACUUCUUGUUUUAUGAAAACGUGACCUGUGACGUGUUGUGAUCUUUGAAUUCUGUUCUGAAUUUAUGGAAAUAGAAAUACGAGGAACAGUCAGCAUUUUUAUCUUCAGGCAUGUGAGAUUGUGGUCUCAUGUCUCUCAAGUGAAAGCUGUGAACAGACUUUGCUAUUUUCUUUCCAGAGAUAGGCUUUGAAACGUUAACACUUUAGUGAAAUGAAUGAAAGCGUUCAGAGUUUUUUUAGAACGGUAAAAAUGAAAGUAGGGGAAUACACUUGAUCAUCGGCUAUCAAAGAAACUGCUUCGUACGAGGAAAACCAAGAAUUAUAUGUUUUCAACGAUUACAUGACUUCUUACAAUUUUUCUCCGUUAAUUAUUUAUUCCGCUGAAUUGAUACAACGCGAGAGCAUAUAUAUGCUCUAAGUCGACAGGACGUAUCACUUUCCGAUGAGCUACGGUCAAUAAUGUGGCUGCCUUUGACACUCUUGGUGCUUGCGGGAGUGGUAUCCGCCGAAAGCAACUAUGGCUGGAAGGUCGGCAACGAGUACAGCUAUAUGGUACAAAGUCGCACGUUCACGAAUUUGGCCGAGUUCCCCAAAGACUAUGCGGGUAUCUUGAUGAAAGCACACCUCACGGUGCAAGUUAAGGAGGAUGGCAAGCUAACCGCGAAAUUAACAAAGGAUCAAUACUCUCACGUUCAUAGCAAUCUGUCCAGGGGCUGGGACGAGUACAUCCUUGACCUACUGUUGAUGCCCAAUGACAUACCCAUAUCUGAAAAGCCCUUCGAUAUUAAAUUAAAGGACGGGUUGAUCGACUCUGUAAUCGUGGAGGAAGAUGUUCCCAACUGGGAGGUGGUACUACUCAAGAGUAUCAUCAGCCAGUUCCAGGUGGACAUCAAGGGUAAGAAACUCGUGGAGGGACACGAUGUCAAGGUUCCGGAUGAGAAUGACCCUCGGGGAGGAUUCACGGUAUUGGAAGACUACUUCGCUGGUUUGAACGAAGUUCGUUACGACUUCAAACCGCUGUCGGAACAGCAGUUUCGAACUAGGCCGGAAUUGGUGCCGAAACCUGAACUGAAGGGCUCAGGACAACACAUUGACAUCGUCAAGACGAAGAGCUAUGACAGAUACCCGGAAAUGUCGGAGAAGGUGUUCGGCAUGACGCGGCAGAUGAAGAAGGAACCUAAAACUAACAAGAACCUCAUGUCGAAAUCAUCCACCAGUAGAAUCGUUAUCUCAGGUAACCUGAAUGAUUUCGUUAUCCAAUCGGCGGUGUCUACCAGUAAGACGACCAUCACGCCCUCGUUCAAUGACGCGCAGAACAGCACAGUGCUCAGCAAACUGAGCCUAACUCUGGAGGACAUGCACGAGAUCAAGACUCCAAUGCCAUCGCCAACGAAACCCAAAUCCACCGGCUACCGCAUCUCUUUCGAAACCACCCCGUCCUCUCUGGAAGAUGCUCCCAAGCAUCCUGUCUGGCCCAACAUCAUCGAUUACGGAGGCAAAUUUAUUGGCCACUCUCGUGAGUUUAACGGUUUAGCUGCAGUCGGCAAUUUACUCGGGCACAUUUCAAACGAACUGCUGAAGCCGAAUACGAUUCCUGAGAAAAAGACCCUAGACAAGUUCACCCAACUCGUCAACAUAAUCCGCAACAUGAACAGGAAUCAAAUAGCGGAAGCUGAGAACAGCUUGGAGAUCUCGCCAAAGAAACUCAAGUGGGGCGACAAGGCUGACGCCAUUCGGCAAAACCGUUGGUCCGUUUUUAGGGAUGCUGUCACUCAAGCUGGGACGGGACCUGCUUUGUUGACCAUCAAAAAUUGGGUCGAGAAUGGAGAAUUGAGGAGUGAAGAGGCUGCUGAAAUGCUGUCCAAAAUCCCGGCGUCUGCUCGGCAAAUUACAGCCAAAUACACCGAGGCGUUCUUCGAACUGGCCACUCAUCCACAAGUCACGCAAACAGCACUCCUAAACGUCACAGCGAUAACGGCGUUCUCCGAACUGUUGUUCCUGUCUCAAGGAAACGAUAAGAGCAUCUACAAAUUCUAUCCCGUGCACACAACCGAUCGUCCCUCCGAGGAGCAAUACUUGGAUAUCGUCAAUAAGUACAUCCCAUAUUUGGGGGUGCAAUUAAAGAAGGCCGUGGAUGAUGACGACAGCGCAAGGAUCCAAACCUACAUCGUUGCUCUGGGUACCAUCGGAAUGUACGAGGUGCUCCCCGUCUUCGAGCCUUUCCUGACAGGCAGGGAGAAAAUGACAGCCUUCCAGAAGACGUUAAUUCUCGCCAGUUUGAGUAACUUUGUCGCGAAUCAUCCGAAGAAGGCACUGCCGGGCUUGAAACAGAUCUACAUGAACACGACGGAGAGUCAGGAGGUGCGUUGCAUGGCCCUCUUCCUGAUUCCAAUGACGAAUCCUCCUCUGGAGGUGCUGCGUGAAAUCGUACAGUUCAGCAACAACGACAGCAGCAAACAGGUCAAGUCCGCGGUGAAGUCCACCCUUCAGGGCCUGAAACAUUUAUCUGACCCAGAAUGGCAAUCGCUGGCGAAGAAUGCCCAGGCUGCGUUGAAGUUAUUGGACAGCAAGGAUUACGACCCGCUGAAAUCCCACGAAUUCAUCUUUAACAAGAUGAAAGAAGAGAACCUUUUCACUAACACUCUUCUUAAUUACAUCGGCAGCGACAAUAGCCCGAUCCCUCGUACCAUCUACCUUGCGACGAUCCUUUAUGAUGGCAACUUCAAAGGAUCCCCUGUGGAACUUAUGACUAUGAUUCCCAACAUGGACUCUCUUAUCGACGCUCUGAUACCCUCCGACAAACGGUCCCUCGUGAAAAUGGCCACCGAGAAGAUUGCCGAGGAACUGAAUAUCGUGGGCGAUAUACCUGUCUUGCUGGAAGGAAAUUUCUUGUGGAGGACGAAGUUCUUGUCGCGUUUCAUUCCUUAUGACGAGAACACUGUUCGCAACCUUCCUAACAAGGUCGUCGAGCACCUGACAGCCAGGAAAGACGGAGCUUUCCACAAUACGCACAUACUGAAUUUGCACGAGAUGAUGAUAGAUGACACGACCGAUACUGGUUUGCCUUUCGUGUACAGCUUAUGCGAAUGCACUCUGCACAAGCUGAGUUCGACAGAUAAUUACAAACCGGGUCGCUUCGAGUCCGACUUCCAGUUCGCGAUAGUUCAGAAAACGCAGAGGAAUAUAGGUUUCGUAACGCCAUUCGAUCAUCGUCAUUUCGUUGCCGGUGUAGACAAGCACACGCAGGUUUAUCUUCCCCUGAAGACCUCUGUGGAGGUCAGUGCUCCGAAGAAGAGCGUACAGCUGAAGAUUUGGCCACCAAAGAGCGACAAGCCUGACACGGUGCUGCUAUGUAUGCGGACACCGUACACUUCGAUCCAUAACGUCAUGGAUUUACAACAAUUGCUGGAGGAGUCAGCGUUUGACACACGGCGUUUACACAACGACGAAGUAAAACAUGAGAGACAGCCUACGACGAAUAUGAUAUUCAGGAUGGAGGCGGAAGCCGACGCGACCAACGAGGAUGUAUGGGAUUACGAUUCGUGGAUCAUGUUCCCAAUAAAGGACAAACAAAGCGAAUACCACAAGGUGGCCGUAAUCAUGGAUAAGAGAUCUGAUGAGGGAAAGCCGUUGGUUUUGAGUGCUUCUUACGGUACUUUGGAUGUGGAAGCUGGCACCGAAGAUGCUAACCAAUGGACACAAUUUGUCAAUGCGACGGAAGCAUUCAGCGAGAUUCGAGACAGCGAACAGCGUAAGAUCCGAUUCCUGGAGGAAGCAGCCAAAGGCAUCGUGUUAGCCCAGGCGGGAGUGCUGGACUUCCAUAUCCACAUCCCUUUCAUAAAUGAAGAGGUGAAGACCAACCUAACCGUUGCUUGGUCUGCGAGCAACGCUGAAACUAAGGGACGAUUUCUUUCCCGCUUGACCAUCAUGAACCAAAUAGACGAAGUCGAGUUCGAAGUAUGCGCAGCGUCCCAGUUAGCGCUCACACCACCUUACUUCCCAGUUUAUGAUGAAGUUAACAACUGCACGCCCAAAAUCGAAUUUGACAUAGACAUUCGACAUGGGGAGAAUUGUCAAGAGGAUAAUCGCGUGAACAUCAUAGGCACCGGUACUCGAAGCAACGAGCUGAAGGAAGAUAUCAACGAUAUCAGUGUAGUGAAGGAAUGCAAGAAGCAGAUGGAGCAAGGGAACAAACUCCUCCGGGCGUGCCAGAAGGCCGGAGACAAGGCUCUGCAGGUGGACGAAUUACAACUCUCCUUGCAGAGCGGUUGCCGAAGAACACAGAGGGAUAUGGAAUACUUCUUUUCUCAUUUGUUAUCUUCGGGCAUUAUCGUUGGUACCUUAGCCGAAUUGCAGCCUAAAGUCAUGGACGAAGGCAAGAUCAACCUGAAGGCGAAGAUUUCGAAGAAUAUGAAGUCUGCGAACUUCAGUGUGCAGUUGCCGAACAUAAACGUGGAGAUGAAUGAUGUCAACUUGGAUUAUUUUGAAGAUAGCUCCGAGGAAAAGGAGGAUGAAGCCGACAACAGCUGGCUGAUGGACGACGAUGUGUCAACCUGCGUGAUGGAUCUCAACAGAGCCGAGACUUUCGACGGCAAAGAAUUUCCCCUGAAGUUGAGCAGCUGCUGGCAGGUUCUGAUGACUACAUAUCCCAGACUGAAUCCCAGGAAGCCCAGCGAGAAGCUCGCGAUGUCGGAAGACGAAAGCGUGAGCAUCCUCGCGCGAGAGAUCAACGGACAAAAGGAGGUGAAGGUCAUACUCGGCCAAAACGAGAUUCUGCUUCUGCCCGGCAGCGAGCUACCCGAGGUACUGGUGAAUGGUCAGAAGGUCCCAGUUGCUGGCACAGUUACUCACCAAGUGCGACAGGAUGACGAAGUCGUCUUCGAGAUAUUCCAACGUGGAAGUCACUACAUUUCAGUAGUAUCGGAGGAGUACGAUGUGACACUCACUUACGAUGGAAAACGCCUUAUGAUCGAGGAACCUGAGAUGUUCAGCUACUCCCUUCGAGGACUUUGCGGCAAUUACGACGGCGAUUCAGAAAAUGAUUUCACGAGUCCUGGUAAUUGUCUGCUGACGAAACCCGAGGAGUUCAUCGCCAGUUACACGCUCACCAAGGAGCAGUGCGAAGGAGAGAGCCUGCAGAAGGUCAAGUCCUUGCAGAAGCCAGCGUGUGCAACGAUCUCCAGGCGUUAGACGUUUUAUCGACCCUGCAAACUCGAGAAGGAAGAUGACCAGAAAAUUUUAUCGGUUCCCCUUAUGUGACACCAAAGAUGUACUUGUUUUAAUUCUAGUUUAUAUAGCGCGUAACGUGUAUCUAUAAAAUUUGUAAAUAUUA